UAUCAACCUAAUAACUGUGUUCUAAGAUUUUUUUUCUUCUCAGGAAAUCUGUUAUCUAUAGAUUUAGCCUUGAGCUUGAAACGGGAGCCAGGCGAAAGCAGUAGAUUAACGACACCUAGAAUUGCUGAUUAAAGAUGAGAGCGGCCAGCUAGCUUAGCUGCUUUAGCUAGCAUGAUUUGAUGGAGUCUGACAGGGUUGGAUAACCACGAUGGAGCGGCAGCGAACGACGUUGAUAUAGUAGUUAUAGCCAGAUACAGUGAUGCGUUAAAAGCGGUCGUUUUGGACACAGUAACUGAAGGCGGACAGCAACACGUUAUGCAGUCAUGAAGCGGAUUCGCACUGAGCAGAUCCAGUAUGCCGUGGCUCAGUACCUGAAGAGGAGGCAGUAUGUGGACACUGACGGCUCCCUGAAAGGAGCCAAGCUCUACCAGUCCCCCGAAGAAAUGGCUGCAAGUCUCACGGUGCAGACGGAGUCAGGAUGUUCCAAUGUCGUUUCUGCUGCACCAUGCCAGUAUGACCCACAGCAGUAUGAGAUUCAGUAUUCCAAGCUCCGCGCCUUCCUGUCAGAAGCAGACAUAUCCUGGGCUAAAGAGGUGAGCAGUGUCCUCUAUCCACUCUUCGUCUACCUCCACCUGGACAUGGUGCGCUUUGGACUGAAAGGGGCUGUGGAUGGUUUUUACAGUCGUUUUCAUGGCGCCUUUCUUCAGGACAGUGAGCAGCGUACCAUCAUAGAGCAGCUCCGCCAUGUCCUCAGUGCACAAGACAUUGUGACCAACCCCAAGCUGAAUGCUUUCUUAGAGCACAAAUAUGUGGUUCACCUGACGGAGCCAGCCUACGGCUACCUGCUGCGUUACCUGCAGAGUGAGGACAACAGCGCCCUCUGUAGGAUCCUCAGUACACACCUGCAGCUGGAGGUCAGUGCCUUGAGGCGGACAGAUUACCAGCUCUAUGGAGCUGCUGGCGGGUCGACAGCUGCUCCAAACUCCACCUCCUCCUGGGCCGGAGUGGAUGGAACAGAGAGUGGUGAUGGGGUGGAGGUCCCAGCAGGGAUCCCACAGAAUGAGGCAGCCCUUGAGGCUCUGCAGGACUGCGUCAAGAAAGUCCGCGAGGGACCACCGUCACUCACCACUGUCUGUUUUUACGCCUUCCACCACACGGAGCAGAUGCUGAACACUGCUGAGGUCUCGGCUGACAGUCGGUUGCUGGCCGGUGGAUUUGACACCUCCACGGUAAAGCUGUGGAGCCUCCGUGCCAGAAAACUCAAGGCCAGACCCCAUCAGGCUGAUGUGUCACACAUCCACCUGGCAUGUGACGUACUGGAGGAGGAAGUAGAUGAAGAGGACAGCUCAGGCAGUGAGAUAAAGACGCUGCGAGGUCACAGUGGCCCAGUAUUUCGUACCGCCUUCCUCACAGACAGCUCCGGUUUGCUCUCGUGCUCUGAAGACACAACCAUCCGCUACUGGGACCUGGGCAGCUUCACCAACACGGUGCUCUACCAGGGGCACGUCUACCCAGUAUGGGAUGUGGACGUCAGCCCCUGCAGCCUUUACUUUGCCAGUUGCUCUCACGAUCGCACCGCCCGUCUCUGGACGUUCUCCCGGACAUACCCACUGAGGCUCUAUGCAGGGCAUCUUUCUGAUGUUGACUGUGUGAAAUUCCACCCGAACUCCAACUAUUUAGCCACCGGUUCCACAGACAAGACUGUGCGACUCUGGAGCACCCAGCAGGGGGCGUCUGUUCGCCUUUUCACGGGCCACCGUGGCCCUGUGCUGUCACUCGCUUUCUCACCGAAUGGCAAGUACUUGGCGUCGGCUGGUGAAGACCAGCGGGUGAAGCUGUGGGAUUUGGCAUCUGGGACUUUGUUCAAAGACCUAAGGGGACACACAGAUAGUGUCACCAGCCUGUCCUUCAGUCCGGACAGCAGCCUAGUGGCAUCUUCAUCUAUGGACAACUCAGUGCGGGUGUGGGACAUCCGCAACUCACACGGUGGGACGUCAGCUGACAGCUCGUCCAGCGAAUUGGUGGGAAUGUACACUGGAAACACCAGCAACGUGCUCAAUGUCCAGUUUAUGGCCUGCAACUUGCUGCUGGUGACGGGAACCGCACAAGAGAAAGCAGAGCAGUAGAUGUAGCCGUCACAUCUGGAGCUCUUUUGGGCGAGAGCUGAAUGUUUCCCUGUGUCUGAAACUCAGGAGCCAAAUCCUGAGAUACAUGUUUUUGUUCUCUUUCCUUCAAAUUUCAUUCUUCAUGAACUGGCUUUUUUUUUUUUUUUUUGGAAAUAAAGAAAUAAAUUACCAAAGUGAAUUCACGGUAUGUCAAUAUUGAAGAAUCUCCCAGUUUCUUGUUUAACUGAUGAUCUAAAAAUUGUUAAGUUCUGUUUUUCUGUUGUGAUGUAAAUUCAGGAAAUAUUGUUACUGUUGGAAUAACUGACACUAUCAGGCAGCUUUAUCCCAAAAGGAAACUUUAAUAUUUCAAACCUGAGACGUGUACAAUAAAGUGCGUUCAACAUUGCCCGGCUUUCUUUGGGUUAGGCAGCGAGACGAAGCCUAAACCCAAACCCCAUCUGUCACAAUUCUUUAUCAGCUUUCGCUGCUAAUUCAAGCUCUGCUUCUGGUGUUUGACGUGUAUUUUGACUCUUCACACAAUGAACCAAAUGCUACCUUCUUUAGUCAAAAGGAAUAGGGCAGAUAUUAUUUAUUUGUAAAGAAUAUACAAAGCAAAAUGCUGUUACUGCAAAUAAGAAGAAGAAAACCACUCUGUGUGGUCUCAGUGCAGCUGUGCAUUUGUUACAUUUUAAACCAAAUUAAUUACAUUUUUUAAGGAGAGCAUUCAGGUCUGAGGGCGAUGUGGAAAUUGCUGAAGAUCUUUGACAAAAUUAAAUGCAGUGACUGAAUACUCUGACAACCAGAAAUGAAAAUGAAUGAUGUGUAAAAUUUAGUGAAGAUGAGGACCAAACAAAAGUAUAUAUAUAUCCACAUUUUCUUUAUCACUAAUUGAAUCCAUGUUACUUCACAUGGCCAUUUGGCACAGAUUCUUUACACUCAUCAUAGCGUACCUUUGUUCAGUAAAAUGGAUUUCAGUUCAGUCGAAUCCACGUUGUAAUUCAAGUAAAUGGUCAUCAGAAGAGCAUUGAAUAGAACCACCUCCUGCCAAGUUUGUCUUCAGUGCAGUAACUGUAUCAGUGUCUUUGAAGGUAUUAAAGCUUUUUUUACACAGGCAUGCACUUAGUAUAUAGAGUCUGGUAUACUGAGGUGCAUACAUGGGACCAAAAUAAGUUGGGGUAGCUGGCUAUAAAGCGCCUUGCACCAUAGGUGACAGUGAAAUUUAUUUGCACAUGCUCACAGAGUGUAGUUCUUUUCAGAUGGUAGUUUUGUUCUGCAUUUUUGUCUUAAUUCAGAAAGUUUAAUGUCCACAGUAAUUGUAGUAUUUGUUUUUUUUUUAAAGGAAACUAACCUGUGUUCAUGUCCUCUCACAACUGUCUCAUUACCUGAUUUAGGAAGAUGAGAAGUCUGCUGAUUUAUUUGUGCUGAUGUGCUCAAUAUUGACAAAAUGAACGUUACAAAGAUAAUGUUGCUCGGUGUGUUUUAACAUGUAGGUAGAUGCUUCCAGUAAAUAACUAUCAGGCCUCCUGCUAAUAACUUUCCUAACUAAUCUAGGUCUAUCUACACUGAGGGCAACUAUUGCUUCUAAGAUGUAUUAGGUUAAAGAGAUUUGAUGUCACCAUCCUGAAGCCACUCAACAUAAUCACCUAAUAUUGCUCCUUGUUGGCAGCAGAGACUGGACUGAUUGUGGACUGUUAAAGGUCGUCUCCAGCACAUCGUUCAGUGUUCUGUUUGGCUCACACGUCCAUCACUGGUUGGUAACUAUGUUGCUGGAAUAACUGUUACAUUUGUUUUUGUUUCCACUGUUCAGUUGUGAAAUGAGAUAUGGAACUGAUAUCGUGUUUGGCUUUUGGACUGCUGGUAGACAUUUAUAAAUCCUAUCAAGUUUAAAAAUUGUUACGUUUUAAAGGUUCUUCAGGGAGAAGCAAGUUAUUGUGAAUUAACAGCAGAAAAACUUCUUUCUUGUUCUACAGCAGCAGGUCGUGUCUGAGUGCCCGCUGUAGCUGUGGGUGUAAAAACUCUCAUUUCUAAGCAUUGAAGGCUGUUUUUUUGGUUUGUUUAUUUUUUGAAAAAAAAAAAAAUUCUAACUGUGCAAUUCAUAAAAACUGUAAAUAGACAUUAUUUUUGUAAGUUUUGGGGGGCCUUCCUGGUAAUACACACAUGCCUGUGUUAUUUCAUAUAAAGUCUGGUUAGGGUUUGAUGUGUUAUUCAUAAAUCCAGCCUGGAACUUUUCUUUUGGUGGUCACCAAGCUUUCUGUUUCCCUUUGUAGUCCAAAACAAGAAAUAACAAUUUCUUUUUAACAA